AUGAUCCGCCCAACAUCAUCGACACUCGCGACGUUCCGUCAACCUCUCGCUUCCCGCGCCCUCCUCCGCUCACGCCUCGUACAUACCAAACCCUCCACUCCCACCCCUUCAUCACAGCCCAAAUCCCUCCCCUCGGUCCAGAAACGUACCUACAUCUCCUUUCCCUCGCACCGCUUCUCGUCAAAAUACCCCAUCUUAUCGCUCAUCGCCCGACUCGGUGCGUCGGUCGUCAUCGGUUCCGGUCUCCUCCUGGGGACAAUCUUUGUCCAUGAUGCCUUUACAUAUCGGGAGAGGCAUGUGGAGCGGGUGCCUGUAAAUGCUUUAGCGAUCAGCCCAAGGAAGGGCGGGAAGAAGGAUCUGCCGAUCCUUGAGGUGGAUCUGGAUGAGGAGGACGAGGCCAAGGUCAAGAUGCACAAGAAGCCGAGAUUGGUCAUUCUCGGUGGUGGAUGGGGUGCUGUAGCGGUCAUUCAGUCCCUCCCGGUCGAUACCUAUAACGUGACGGUCAUCUCCCCUCAGACGUACUUCACCUUCACUCCCCUCCUCCCUUCCGCUUGCGUCGGCACUGUCGAGUCCAGAUCACUGGUCGAGCCACUCCGGAAGAUCGUGGCCAGGGUGAGGGGUCACUUCCUGCUCGGAUCGGCGGUGGAUAUCGAUAUGGGCGAGAGGUUGCUGGAGGUGGAGGUGCCGCAUGAUCAGGGAGAGGGGACCACACGGUGUUACGUGCCAUAUGAUAAGCUCGUGAUUGCUGUCGGUUCGACCAGUAACGACCAUGGCGUGCCAGGUCUGGAGCACUGUUUCCAGCUCAAAACAGUCCCGGACGCCCAGGGGAUCAGGCGGAGAGUUAUGACCAACCUGGAACUUGCAUCUUUACCAACGACCACGCCCGAGGAACGGAAAAGACUGCUCUCGUUUGUCGUCUGCGGUGGUGGACCCACAGGAGUUGAGUUCGCGGCUGAGCUCGUUGAUAUGAUGGCUGAGGAAGUGUUGUCAUACUUCCCCAAGAUCCUCAACAACGAUAUCCGUGUACACGUCAUCCAGUCCCGAGACCACAUCCUCAAUACCUACUCCGAAAAGAUUUCAGAGUACGCAGAGGCGCGGUUCGCCAGGAACGAUGUCAACCUUGUUACCAACGCUCGUGUAAAGGAGGUCACAGCCGACAAGGUCGUCAUUACCCGCAAAGACCCCAAGGACAAGGAUGCCAAGCCGAUCACGGAGGAGAUCAGCGCUGGUUUCGUUCUCUGGUCGACUGGUAUUGCGAUGAACCCCUUCACCAAGCGCCUAGUCGAGAUUCUGCCAAACCAGUUCCACUCCAAAGCGGUCAUCACGGACUCGUUCCUCCGCGUGCAGGGCGCACCGAAGGGGACUGUAUACGCUAUUGGGGACGCUGCGACUAUCAGCACGGAUCUCACUGGGGAUCUGCUUGAGCUCUGGGACAAAUUCGAUACCAACAAGGACGCCAAGCUGGAUUAUGCGGAGUGGGAAGCAAUGGCGAAGUUCAUCAAGAAGCGGCACCCAAUGGCGCAGCAGGCGAUCGACAAGGUCCGGAACUUGUUCGACGAGUACGAUACCGACAAGGACGAGGAACUGCGCCUGAACGAAGUGGCCGAGAUGUUCCAGAAGCUCGAGAAGAAGAUCACGUCGUACCCAGCUACUGCACAGGUGGCAGCUCAACAGGGCAAAUACCUCGGAGCGAUGUUUGGCAAGCUCGCCAAAUCGCACAAGGCCCUCGAGCUGAACGAGAUGCCCGACAUGGAUGAUGAGGCGUACUAUUCCCCUUUCGCGUACAGACAUCUCGGCAACUUGGCUUACAUUGGGAACUCCGCUGCAUUCGACUAUAAUGGGUACAGCUUCGCUGGUGGUUUGUUGGCGAUGUACGCAUGGCGGUCGAUCUACUGGUCUGAGCAGACUUCGAUGCGAACGCGAACGUUGUUGAUGUUUGACUGGAUCAAGCGUGGAAUCUUCGGUCGGGAUCUUUCCAAGAAGAAGGGAACGGUUCUGACGGCGGAUCUGACCUGA